GUAGAUGAGGAGAAGAAGAAGUAAAGAGGGAAAGUGAGGGAGUCAAAAAACAUCUAGGAGCUCAGCAUACCAGACCGGGAGCACUCCUGCAAAGAUUCAGGCUGGGAGGGGAAGCUUAGCUCACAAGCAGUGGGGGAGAAAGCAGGAGAAGUUGCAUUUUUAUUUAUUCUUUUUAUAUAUCUUUAGCUCAAGAAAUCUCAGAUUUCUCCGAAAGGGAAAGUGGACAAGAGAGGAAUAAGAGAGCGUCUGCAACCUCUUGAUUGUCCUGAAAGGAGAAGAUGGAUUCAGACUCUGGAGAGCAAAGUGAUGGAGACAUCUCUGCAGGGCAAGAGAAUUUCAACUCUCGCUCCUUGGCCCUGCAGGCCCAAAAGAAGAUCCUGAGUAAGAUGGCGACCAUGGCGGUGGCCAACAUGCUGACAGACGACACCAGCAGUGAGAUCUUAGAUGAGCUCUACAAAACAUCCCGGGAGUUCACCAAGAGCAAGAAGGAGGCCCACAAGAUCAUCAAAGACGUCAUCAAGGUCGCCCUGAAGAUUGGAAUCUUAUACCGAAACCAUCAGUUCAGCCCAGAUGAGCUGGACACAGUGGAGCGCUUCAAGAAGAAGAUGAACCAGGCGGCCAUGACUGCUGUGUCGUUUUAUGAGGUGGAGUACACCUUUGACAGGAAUAUUCUGUCGGAGCUCCUGCUGGAGUGCAGGGACCUGCUUCACGCCCUGGUCGAGCAGCAUCUGACCGCACGCUCACAUGGCCGCAUCGAUCACGUUUUCAACCAUUUUGCUCACGGGGAGUUCCUGGCUGAGCUGUACGGAGAUGGAGAUGAGUACAGACUCUCUCUGAGAAAAAUCUGCAACGGCAUCAACAAACUGCUGGAUGAAGGAACGCUUUAACCUCUUGCACUUUCCCUCUUGCUCCUUCUCCACUUGCUCUUUUUCUUGCUGGUGUCUCCUGCCUCCUUCCACCAUUUCCUUUUCACCUGCUCACCCAUGACAGCUACAUCCUCUACCUUCUUAUCGCUUUUGUCUUCCGGUUUCUUUCCCGUCCGUUUCCAUGGAGGUUGUUGUAACAUCCUGCUGCUGUGGUUCAAUUUUUAGACUCUUUUCACUCACUGGAUCAUUGCUGCAAACCUGGACAACCUUUUUCACAUUGUAUGCAUCAUGCAUCCCCUUUGUGUGCUGAAAUGUACGGUAUCAAUGGCCAAAAAAAGCAACAUUGAGGUGUUUGGAAAUGGAGGAUAACCAAUCGUAGUAAACAGUCAGUGUGUUUUGUGGGAGUGUGUCUCUUGUCUGUGUGGGAUUUGAAUAAUCUGUGUACUGUCUGUACAUAAAACCAACUAUCUCAUGUAUGUUUUGUGUCAGUCUUUUCAAAAAAGGUGUAACACUCAUCUUUUAUUAAAGGUUUCUUUAAAUCA